GCGGGGCCUGCAGUGCGGCCGGGCCAACGCUCCAGCGGAGGCCCAGGUGGUCUCGCGGGAAACUGGAGGGAUUUCAAGGAGGUUGGAUGGCGGCGGACGCUUCGCGAGCGACGUGACAGGUUCGCUGCACUAUAUCUGUCAGGACAGGGUUUCCCCGUGUAACUGUAGCCCAGGCAGCGUCGAUAAAGCUUACAGAGGAGAGUUGUGGAAGGUGAGGAACCAGGAAUUAAAUUCUCUGGAAGCAUGUGAGAAGCCGUGAGAGGACUGCACCGUCUUUGUGCUCCUUCUACACACUGUGGGCACGUCUUGAGGGCGCAAGGCGAGUAAGAUGCAGCUCUUCGAGGGAGUCUCCGUCAGCUGAGCUGUGCGAAGAAGGAUAAAGGGCACCUCCCAAACGGAGGCUCCUUCAGGAAGCUUCCCAGCGUCAACUUGAAAAAAACGCGCAAGGGACGACCAAGCGCGGAGUGCCACUUUCCUGAUCUUCACCCUGAAUUCGUUUCAGGGUGCACUGUAGGUCAGCGACUGCAGUGGCCGGUGACUCAAUCCUUGCAGAACUGGAUGGUGGGCGACAUCCUUCAUUUUACACCAGGCUCCUAUGCCAGCUGCUGCUCAAGGUACGCGGGCCUCUCACUGUUGUGGCCUCUUCAAAUAUAUUUCUGUGGAGACUGUAUUAUAAAGUUUGCCGUAAAUCUGCUAGUCCCAUCCAGCAUUAAUCCAGAAGAAGGUAGAACGCUGUCCUGUAGUGACACAGGCACCGGCACCAGCACAGACACAUGGAGUUGUAAAGAGAGAAAUGAGCACUUUAGCUCCAGGGGAGAGUUCUCUUGUAAAGAAGGCAGAGGGCUCUGAUCAUUCAGAUUUGCUGUGACCAACAUAAUUUGGCUUCAACAAAACAGGCAAUGCAAAGCAUUUAGCUUCUCACAAUGUGAUCUUAAGUGUCCUACAUGCGAAGAUUGAACUGGGGAUGGAAAACCAAGGCCAGGAGACGUGAAUUCUUACAGACUCUUCCCUGCUUAACUGUGUGACUGACAGGGUCUUGGUGCUCUGGCCGGGUGUCAGGCCUGUGCCUCUGAAGUGGGAGAGCUGACUUCAGGACAAUGGACCACCAGAGACCUCCUGGCUCCACGUAAUUAUAUUGGGGGAGAGAUGGGAAGUUUGGAAUGCAGAACAAAACCACUGCAUAAUACCCUCCAGGUCUACCCAUGUUGCUGCAAAUUCUUUCAGCUGUUUGGAAUGAUUGGGCACUGGAAGCAGGAGAAGGGCAUUGGAACUGCAGGGCUCAGCUCUCCUCCCCCAGCCCCGACCAGCAAGGACAGGGCAUGUGCUCAGAUAAUGAGACUGACGCCUCAGCAGUGAAGAAACAUGACCACUAAUCACACAGGGUCUGAGCACCUCUGGAAGUGAGGUUAUAAGGUAGACUCCAAGACCUUUUAUGACAACAGUGGAGAAGGGGAAACCAACACUCUGUAAACAUGAGCCUCAAAUCCCCGAUGUCUGCUCCUCUUGAGAGCAAAGGAAGCCAUAUUUCAGAGAGAAAUGGAAGCUCUUUUCUAGUCAGGCACACCCCUCAUCCCAGAAGGGUCUGCCAUAUCAAAGGUUUGAAUAACAUUCUGAUCUGCAAUGUGAAUGACGAUGAGAACUCGUUUAGAACGCUGUGGGGCGUUGACCAGUUCAACCACUCAGAGAAGGAUGAGAUAGCAUCUGCCAGAUGCAGUAACCCACCCAGCACUGCGGCCCUGGAGAGCCCCAUCAGAGGAGUCUCACCAGCCGUUGACAGGGUCAAAGUGACCGCACGACCUAAUUCUGAGCCUUGUCGAAAAGUCAAGGAGUGCUUCAGAACUUCCAGUGAAAAUCCCUUAGCAAUUAAAAAGGAUGAAAUUAAGGUAAAAAAUUCACCAUCACCUCCAAAGCCAUGCUCUACUGCUGACUCUUGUUCUUCAGAGGUAAUGAAUACCAAGACUGCCAUCAAAGAGAACACUGUUUGCAUACCAAACUAUCUGGAUCAGGAAAUCAAAAUUCUGGAAAAGAUCUGUAACAUUUUACAAACUGAUUCUCUGGCAGAAGUUCUACAGUGGCUGCUCCACGCAAGUUCAAAAGAAAAGGAGUGGGUCUCAGCUUUGAUUCAUGCUGAACUGGCUGAGAUAGACUUGUUAACUCCCCUCAGAAGAAACGCCUCAGUGGAACUAGCAGCAGAGACUGGCAGGCCACCCAAAGUUAAAUCACCCUCAAAUUCACCAGCAAAAUCAGAAGUGAUAACCAGUUCUAGGGAAGGACAUCAACAGAGCAGAGUGUCAAGUCAAGGAUCUGAAGGAAAUAAGGAAGUACUGAAAGAGGCUGAGUACAAGCUUCCACUGUUUAUAAGAAAUAAGAUGAAAAUACCCAUUGCAGAAUAUUUCAGCAAGCCAAAGUCUCUUCCCAGGCCUAAAACUCAAGAGAGCAUAUCAACAAAACCAAUAUCAGCAAGGAGUAUACAGCAAGGAUACAGUCUCUCUCCCCAGAGAGCAUUUUAUCCUGUAACACACCAAAGGUAGAAAUUCUAGACUGGGCUAAGUCUUUCACAAACACGAGUUUCACUUUGUCAUAACAUCAAAUUAUUAAAAACAUGUUUUUGGUAUGGCGGAAUCAAUAGCUCCUCUAUAUGUUGGUACAUGUAAAUCUCAAAGCACUUGUAUAUAAUGAUACUAAAUAAAUAUUAA